CCACCCAACCGCUCCCGUCGAUCGAUCCGUCAGCUCUAUCAUCAUCUGAGUUGCCGCCGCCGCUUGCCGCCCAUCGGUCCAGCUCACACUGACCGCUACGUCUCACUCUCUCCUUCUCCUCCCUACUUAGAGUUAGAGCUAGCUUGUGAUCACCACGCGCGCCCGCCCUCAGCUCCUUUUAAGCGACGGCCGGGGCAUGCGCUGCUCUGCUCGCACCGCAAAGGAUGGCUCCAGCUUCCGCCUCCCUCCUCCCCGCCGCCAGCUCCAACGCCGGCACCAAGCGCCCCUUCGCCCCGGAAGAUUCCGACGCUACUGAACUUCCACGGGCACUCCCGCAGGUCCAGGAGAGCGCGCCGGGCAAGAAGAACGGCAACGGCCAGAGCCAGCAGCAGCAGCCGAAGCUGGAGUGCCCGCGGUGCAGCUCCACCGACACCAAGUUCUGCUACUACAACAACUACAGCACCACGCAGCCGCGCCACUACUGCCGCACCUGCCGCCGCUACUGGACGCAAGGCGGCACGCUGCGCAACGUCCCCGUCGGCGGGGCAUGCCGCCGCCGCGGCAGCAGCAAGCGCUCCGCCGAGCCCCAGACGACCUCCUCUGACUCGCCGCAGCCGGAACUGCACGAGACGCGCCCUCUCUCCAACCACCCGCUCCCAGUCUUCCCGUUCCUCACCGAAGGCGGCCCUGUCUUCCUGCCGCAGUUCGAUCUCGGGCUCGGCGGGUUCCCCUGGACACCGGCGACCACGGACCACCUCUACAACGGGCUCGCGGACCCGUGGGGUGGCUGCGACCAGGCGCUCGCCCCCACCGGCGCGUGCGACGACUUCGGCGGCCUCGAGCUCGCCUGGCCACCACCGCCACCGGCCGGGAACUGAUCAGCGUCAUCAUGUCAGUCAGCGUUUCGCCAGCGCGUUCGAGACUCCUGUAUGCAUGGGAUCGAGGCAUAGUGCUACUAGUUUGUAUGGGAAAUUGUGCGUCUCCUGUUGGUAGAUAUCUUUUUUGACCACACUAUAAUUGUCUGAUUACCUAGCUCGAUGCGUUUCAGGUUAUAUUUGCAUGUGGAUGUAGAAAGUUCAUGAGAUGUACGCAAAAAAAAAGUUCAUGAGAUACAGUUGUUAAGUACUUUUGUUUUCCCUC